GAAGCUCGUGCAGAGGAAGAUGGAUUCCGUCGCUGCUGCAGCUGGUCCUGUCCCGGCGGCCGAGGCCGAGCAGCGCCCCCCGCACAUGGCCGCGCUGGUGCUGGCGCGCGGCGGGAGCAAGGGGAUCCCGCUGAAGAACAUCAAGCCCCUGGCCGGGCUGCCGCUCAUCGGCUGGGUGCUGCGCGCCGCUAUCGACUCCGGCGUAUUCCAGAGUGUGUGGGUUUCCACAGACCAUGAUGAAAUUGAGAAAGUGGCAAAGAAAUUUGGUGUAAAAGUCCAUCGCAGAAGUGCUGAAGUAUCUAAAGACACUUCUUCUUCUUUGGAGACCAUCCAAGAGUUUCUUCGUUGUCAUAAUGAGAUUGAUAUUAUAGGACAUAUUCAGGCAACAUCUCCCUGUUUACAUCCUGGUGAUCUUAUUAAAGUGUCAAAAAUGAUCCGAGAGGAUGGCUAUGAUUCUGUAUUCUCCGUUGUGAGACGGCAUCUGUUUAGAUGGAGUGAGAUAAAAAAAGGAGUUAACAAAGUGACAACGCCCCAAAACCUGGAUCCAGCAAAGCGGCCCCGGCGUCAGGAUUGGGAUGGAGAACUGUACGAAAAUGGGUCAUUUUACUUUGCUAAAAAGAACUUGAUUGAAAAAAACUACUUACAAGGUGGAAAAGUGAUCUACUAUGAAAUGUGUGCUGAAUGCAGCGUGGAUAUAGACAUAGAUAUCGAUUGGCCUAUUGCAGAGCAAAGAGUGCUGAGAUAUGGCUAUUUGGGUAAAGAGAUGAAGCUACUGGUUUGCAGCAUUGAUGGAUGGCUCACCAAUGGUCACAGUUGUUUGUCAGAAGAUCAAAAAGAAAUAAGCUCUGGUGAUAGAGGCGCUGAUGGGAUUUCCUUAUUAAAGAAAAGAGGAGUUGAGGUAUGGCUAAUCUCUGAAAAAGAGUGUUCAAAGGCGAUUUCUGCUUUGAAAUUGGAUUGUGAGGUGAAAGUCAGUGUGACCCAUAAACGACAAGUUAUAGAAGACUGGAGAAAUAAAAUGAGUUUAUCCUGGAAAGAAGUGGCUUACUUAGGAUAUGAAGAAUCCGAUGUGGACUGCUUGAGGGAAGCUGGCAUGAGCGGUGUUCCUGCAGAUGCGUGUGCCGCUGCUCAGAAGGCUGCCGGCUAUAUUUGUAAAAGUAAUGGUGGCCAUGGUGCCAUUCAGGAGUUUGCAGAAUACGUAUGUCUGCUAAUGAAAACAGUGAAUUUGUGAAUUUUGCAUUAGGAAAGAAAACUAAAUGAACUGAAGAACUAAUGAGGAAAAACCCAAUUCCCUCCCCCAGGAUAAAUCCACAGAGUUAAAAGGGUAUUGUCAACAAGUUCAGGUCCCUAUAUUGAUUUAAUUUUAAUAUAAUUAUUAAUAUAAAUGCUUUCAGACAUAUAAGC